CCUCUUUCCUCCUCUAUCUCUGCUUAGAAAUCCUGCCUUGCUCUAUUCUUCCCUGCCAGAGGCCCAAAGCAGCUUCUUUAUUAACCAAUAGUAACAAAGAAUCUUCACAGCAUACAGAGGGGAAUUUCACAUCAGAUAGAGACAGCUGGCUGCCUAGAAAAUCACCCAAGUUUCCUCUGCAAUGUUGGGAUAUCCAUAUUUUGCCUCCAGGCCUAGAAUAUCUGAUAGACUAUUCUAUGGAGCAGGAAUUUUAUAGGACUGGCUGACCUUAUCUUGACUUCCUUUGUGUCCUGCUUAUCCAAUACAGACAGCAUACUGUUAGCAGUCGAGGCAAGGGCAGUUUAUUUUUUAACCAAGAGUCUAGCUUUGCCAAAUUGAAAGCAAACUCUGUAUGGAGGUUCCUCAAUGCCUAUCAUCUUCUCUGAAGUAGAUUGGUGCUUCCAGGAGCAGACUUGUUUCACUGUCAUGAAAUGGGUUAUUAAAAUAUCUUAAAUGCCAUGUUCUGUAGAUCUCUGAAAUGUUUGAAUAUCAUCAAUCUAUCUAAAUUAUAUCUCUGUUUAACCUUGAAGGCAUAUCUAACAUGACUACAAGUUUGAUUGUUAUAGAUGACUAACCACUGGCCUGCAUUUCUUACUUAUCCUAAACAGUUUGUAAUAAUAGCUUUCAAGGACUAGAACUUUGCAUUACAUUUUAAAAUAAACUACAUAGGUACAAUAAGCAAGAGUAGAAACACAUAUACAGUAUAUUAUAACAAAAUAACCCUAAACUUGUAUCAGUAUAAAAAAAACCCACACCAAUGUACAAUAUUUGAGACUAGUAGUUGCUUUUUCUUUUAAAAUUAGAUUCAAUAAUCUACCAUUUUAUCCUGUCAUUUCUAUAUCCCUCCUCCCUUUUCUCACUAGAUAGGAAAGAAAGAUAGAGGAAAGAAAAAGAAAGGAAAUCCUUUAAUCUAAUCUCCUUUGUUUAGUUUCCUCCCUGACCAUGACCAAAAACAACUUGCAACUAGCCUCCCUAAACAAUGACAAACAUCCAUAGCCCACUGAAUAACCAAAAACCAUCCAUCUCACCUCUUGGGAAAGUGGGUGUCAUGUUCUUAAAACUACUUUCUGUAAUCUGGGAGUGAUGGCAUCUUUAGGGGGCCCUGAGAACCUGGGAAAAUGAUCAAGUCCCAGAAGAGAGCUAAGUGAAUCAUUUAUUGUCCGGUCUCUGUGUGAUGGGAAAGUGUAGAGUUUAGCUGAAGGUCUGGCUGGAGUAAUUUGUGAGGCUAGGCCAUCUUAGUAGCUGCUUUGAGGUUUUCCUGUGUGCAGAUUUUUGAGGCAACUACAACAGAGGCAUUCUGAGAGGCUGGCUCACCUGGGCUACUUGUCUUGCACAAGUAUGGAAUAUGCAGCUUGCACACAUCAGCUAAAGAUCAUGGGAUUGUUGACAGCAUUCUCUCCCCUGAGCUUUGUAGACACUCAAUGUAAAUUUCAAAUGAUUCUUUUAAGGAAAUUGUAAUUUUUGUUCGUCUCUCAAUUUCACUUUUCUUCAGACUUUUUUUUAAAGAAAACAAACUUUGGUGCAAAUCUCUGGUUCCCCUCUACUCACGCUCUCCCACCACGUGCACCCUCCAGACUGUGUUUCAGGGGUGCCCUCUCCUCAGUUUGUGUCACUCAGGUGUUGGAUCAGACCACACAUACCUCUACCAACUGUCUGGACAGUGCCCCCCUGACAGGAUGUGGCUGCUUUGGGCUCAGACCAAGGGGGAACAUGGGAACCAGCAUUCUCCACUCCCAGCUCCUCCUGCGGUGGAAAUGCGAGGCUGUGUAGGUGAAGCAGAUUUUUCCAGAGUAGACUCAAUACAUGGACUUGCCAGGUGGGAGUGAGCUGGAGUGAGCUUGUAUGUUAAAGUCAGGCCUGUUCCAAGGAGAAUUAAUAACCCAGAGGCCUGAAGGGCCGCGUGGGUGAAUAGCUGGCUUUCGUCUGAGUGUAGGGUGGGCUCUGCUCCCCCAAACUGAGCUCCCAAGACCUCCCAGCCUGUGGGUAUGCAUCUGCAUUUUCUUUUUUCCCAAUGCACAGCUCCCAAAGCCAGGCGAUAAUUUUUAAAGGCUUCUAAGCAGAAAUAUAUUUCUAAGUACAAUGAAGACUGUUCAAUUCUAUGCUCAUGGAUAGUAAUAAACGUUCAUUUCCUUCUGCUUCCAGACAAUAGUAACAGGCUCAUGGGAACACAAGGAAAAGGUGUUCUAUAGGCCCUGAAGUUCCUUCACCCUCGGACAACACAAAAGGCCAGGCUGAAGCUCUGAAGUGGACACAGGCCUGACCUCGGGCCUGGAAUACUUGGACUGCCCCUCCCCCCAGACCAGCCCAAGGAGGUGAGGCUUGAUGAAGGCUGAUAAUCUUAUCUAAGCAAAGGCCACUUUUCCAGGCAUCUAGGGAAAGGAGGUUCAAGUAAAACACUUUCUGGAGCAGAUUUGGACUAUGAUUUAUGGACAAGCUGUGAACCACCCAGUAUGUAAUCAAAGCAGAACUGCUUCCAGGCUUUCCUUUCUCCACCUGUGCCUCUCCAGGAAGGGUGACUUUGCCCUCCAGAUUAGAACAUAGUUAGACGUCAGAGCCAGGUAAAAUUGGAAGGAUGCUUGAGAUACCUUGUGCUGCCCACUUUGCAACUUUGUAAUAGUAUAUUCCACAUAGCUUUUUACUGAAGUUUUGUAAUUGUUCUUCCUGACUCUUUCAUUUCCCCCUCUAUUUGUUUCUAUUACUAUGAGAGAAAUUGAAACAAACUUAGCAACUUAAAACACCCCUUUAGUGGUCAUCAGUUCUGGGAGCCGAGAGUGCAGCUCAGUCAUGCACAAAGGGCAUCUUGGCUCAGGGUUUCUCAAAAGUGAAUCUGUGGCAUUAGCCAGGCACAGUUCUCUCUGGAAACUUUGAGAGAAAGUCAGUUUCAGCUCAUUCAUGCAGUCUGCUUUCUCACUGGCUGUUGGCUAGGAUUGCUCUUAGCACCUGUUCCAAGCCAGGUGCCCACCCCCAUUCCUAGUGAUGAACCCAUGGCAGAGAUAUUCCCCAGGAAGUACCCAGCACAUGUGAAGUGCCUUAAGUGCCUCUGCAAAAUUACAGACCAGCACCUAGAUUAGUAUCUGACAAGAUAAUUGGUGGGCGUGUGUACACCCAGGGGGACAGAAAUCUUAGGGGUCAUUUAGGUUCUGUGUAGAGCAGUAUGCUUUUUUAGGGCAAAGCUGUGACUCAUGCAUCUUUGGUACACAACAGAUGCUCCACAGUUACUGAACUAAACUGGUUUCAAGGAAGACAGGGGGAAUCAGGAAAUUGUUUUACAUGGUCAAGUUCUAGACAAGCUAAGGAAAAGAUCCAGACAGCUGUGUUUUGCACGAUGCCUUUGGGCUUCAGUUGACUAAGGGAAGUCAAGAGAAAGAAAAAUUCCUGCCCCGGAAAUGAUCUAAGCAGUUAACUGUGGGACAACACCUCUGAGCUUUCGGGAAUAAGAGGUGCGUUAGCUGGACUUGGCUAGACGGCCAGUUCGCUUAGGCCGUGGCCUAGCACUCAUGUCCACAGCCUCAGCUAGCAAGCCUCCUGGGUCUGUAGGCCCACUUUAAAAACAACCACGGAUGGCCAUUUAUAGAAUGGAUGCUAUUUCAUGUGUCCCUUCAAGUGCAAGGACUCUUGCACUUCCUGCGGUCCAAUGUGUCUCUUGAGCACGCAGCAUCCAGAACAAUCAACAGGUGUAGUCAAUGGUCAGGCCACAUGCUUUCCAAUGAGCUGGGAUCAGUGUAUACAGAGCUUGCCUGUAUAGGAAAAGGACGACUCUAGAUUCAAUCUUUAGGAACUCAAAAUGCAAAACAAUGCCCCAACUCCCGAAAAUCAACAAUCAAAACAAUCGUUGGUCAUUCUAGGACACUCAACAUAAGUUUGGGCCGAAUCAUAGUAAAGGUAUUUCUAAAAAGCACAUCUUCCUCCCAAAUCAGUCUAGAAAACACAUUCAGGGUUCCUUGGAGGGCCGAAUUUUGAUUUCUGUAGAUAGCAAAGCUGUUUUCCUAGGCUCUCGCAGCACCUCUACCAUCCACCCUGGCAAGGGCCAAUCUGUCUGUAGUUCUGGGAGCGACUCAGACGCUGGGGUAAGACUACUACACUGGCUCCACACCAAGGGUCCGGAGCCAGCUCCGCCCCACCCCGCCACCACCUGCGGAGAUGGGCGACCCGCCCAUAUCCUGACGUCACCGAACUCCGGGCAGCGCCGGGUCGGGCUCCGGGGAUUGGUCAAGGCUCGUGACGUCACGAUCCCGGGGCGGCCCCGGGCUGGCGGGGCCCCCGGGUGCUUGGGUUCCUUUCAAGACGGGCGGCGGGGGUGGGGGCGGGGCGGAGGCGGAGCGGGCGGUGUAAACAGACCCGGGAGCCGCGAGCCCCGGAGGAGGCGCGGGUGGCGCCGCCAUGGACUUCCAGCAGCUGGCAGAUGUCGCGGAGAAGUGGUGUUCCAGCACACCCUUCGAGCUCAUCGCCGCCGAGGAGACCGAGCGCAGGAUGGACUUCUAUGCCGACCCGGGCGUAUCCUUCUACGUGCUGUGUCCGGACAACGGCAGCAGCGACAGUUUUCACGUGUGGAGCGAGAGCGAGGACUGCCUGCCCUUCCUGCAGCUCGCUCAGGACUACAUCUCUUCCUGCGGCAAGAAGACGCUCCAUGAAAUCUUGGAAAAAGUCUUCAAGUCCUUCCGACCUCUGCUGGGGCUUCCAGAUGAAGACGACGCCUUUGAAGAUUACAGUGCCGAUGUGGAGGAGGAGCCAGAGGCGGACCACCCCCAGAUGGGGGGGACCUUGCUGAGGAAAAGCAUGACAGAGGAGAAAUGCAGCCUGCACUUUUUAUGUCCCUUUGACGUGUCCGUAAGUGAAAGGUCUUGCUUAGGAAGCAUGAGUUUUACUAUCUAGUUGUGAACUGCGCAAGCGCAGAUGCCGAGGGUGAGGGCGGCUGAGCUCCUUGGAGAGUUUCUCCACUGUUAGAUUGGUUACCUGAGCAUGUAGCGGCCAGCCACUGGUCAGUGUAAAUGUUCCGCGGUUGUUUGAUCGUUUUAAAACGUGCUAAGUCCAAAGCCUCUUUUAAAUUCUCAUAGUGGAAAGUAUAGAUGGGGUGAAAGAUGUAAGUUAUUGAUUUCUUAAAACUGAUUCUAAGCCUGCAUAUGAAAUGAAACCUUCACCUUCUCUCUUAUGAUGAGACGGCAACUUGUUAAAUCAUGAAAACAACCAGAAUCCGAGUAAGUGACCCUUAAGCUUUGAAGCCAUAGAUGAAAUCUAAUAGGAAAAUAAACCAGGAAAAAAAUUAGAUAUAAUGAAAUCCUUUCCUUUCCUAAUCUUUUAUUCUUUAGAGAAUGUCAAGGAAAGGCUCCCAGUGAGUUAUUUUAUUUAAAAUGAUAAUGAAAUACGCUAGUGAAGCGCCAUGCAGUGAAAUCGUAAAGUGAUGUGAACGUGGGAGUCAUAAUUAGGGGGUUACUUAGUUAAAAAGAGGAUGUUUUUGAUGAUCAGGACACACAGACAACUCUCAGAAGUAACUGCUGGCAUCCUUUUACCAGUAAGUACCAGGACAUUCUCUAAAUGCCAUCGCGAGACCCUCCCAUGUCUUGGGUUCUCAUAACUUAGGAUGCAAGAACUCCCUUCACAGCCCUUGACUCCUCCGUGCAUCCAGGGUGGGAAUGUUGUGCGUGCGUGCACACGCACACACAGACACACACGAACACACACAUGCAACCUGAUUAUGUUAUCAGCAUUUUAAACCCAAACCAAACCCACCAUCGCAGAAGCUUGUGUACAUGGUAUGGUAGCCGUGUCCGGGCAUUUUGCUUAACCGCCAUGAAGGGUCUCAUUCCUUGGUGUGCUGCAGAGUUUAGUUGCUGGGUGAUGGCACAUUGUGGAUUCCAUCUGUACUUUUCUACCUGUGUUUUUAUUUUCCCUUGAAGUCGCCCAUUGGCACAGUUAGACUUAGUACUCCUUCCAGGGUGUGAGGUCCAGUCCUGUCCAUGUUCCCUCUGCCAUGUCUGCUCAUCGUUGGGAGACUUGAGCUCUCUGUCUUGGGGAUACGGUCCAGGGCAGGUGACUUCCCUUUAAACAUAAUAGGCCACACAAAUAAAUGACUUUUGGAGGUAAAAUGAAGACACCUGAGCAGUUUGCUCCAUCAUGAGGUAACCUGGAAUUUUAUACAGAGGCUUCAAAUCUAAAUUAACGUAUCUUCGAACGUUAAUAUAAGAUGGGUUUUUAUGAAAAACGUAUUUGAACUUUGACCAAAUAUACUUGGUAUCAAUCA